CUUCCACCCACUAAUGCCUUGUUAUUUAGACUUUCAUUACUGGGAUUUGUUGGCCCCUCUAAGCCGACAGACUCUCUUAAGUCACAUAUACUCUCAAGACCUUGUAAACUUUUAAUUUGCUCCCUCAAGUGGUUCUUCAUCAGUUUAUGCUCAAAAUAUACCUCCAUACACACCUAUGCUUUUUUCACUAAAAACAACAUAUAAUCUACUGACAACUCGUACAAUAUCUCACACAGCCUUAGCCCACGCGCUAACCCUAAACUAGAUUUCCUAAAGCAAAUCAUAUAGACAUGCCUAAACCCCUAUCGAACCUUAUAUAAAAUUUGUGAAUGAUUGCAAAGCAAAAUCCUCCACGUAUCAGUCUGUCAUUUUUUUAACAAGUUCAGUCACCAAAUGUGUAAAUAUCCCCAAAAUAUUCAUGAUCUUUUUUAAUCUCUGUAUUUUUCAAAACUUCCCCUAUCUCGAACGAACACUGUAGAAAGAAUUGUGCAAAAAUUUUGUGAGCAGUGAGUUAGUUAGCUAAUUUGAUAGUAGCAGAUUGAUAUUAUUUAGUGAUUGUUUGAAAGAAGCAAGCUGAAUAUAGGAUGGGGCGGAUGGUAGUGGUAGCCUUGGUAACGGUGAUAUUGAUAACCAUGGUAGCAGAAGGUGAGCGGCUUAACAAGAGUUCUUCAUCAAGUGGGGUAUUUUGGUCAACAGUUAAAGAAGAGUCUGAUCUGUUGCGCAAGGCCGAACCCGACGAAGAUCCAUCCGCUGCUGCUGUCGUCAAUGACCACGACCACCUUGACGGCGGCUUUUCUUCUCUUGAUGGGAUGUUACAGUGGGCUGUUGGUCAUUCCGACCCGGAAAAAUUAAAGGAAACUGCACAAGAUGUCCGGCGUCUCUCUCCUACCGAUUUGAAGAAUCGUCAAUUGGAAAUUAAGGAACUGAUGGAUGAGUUGAAAAUGCCAUCUGAUGCACACUUAAUGCAGAAUGCAAUAAAUGAUUUAAGUAACUCCUCUUUACCAUUGGAAGAUCAUCACCGUGCAUUGCAGGAGCUUCUCAUUCUGGUUGAGCCAAUUGAUAACGCAAAUGAUUUGAGCAAACUUGGUGGACUUGGUGUAUUGAUACGAGAACUUAAUCACCCUGAUUCAAAUAUAAGGAGAAUUUCUGCAUGGGUUCUUGGGAAAGCAAGUCAAAAUAAUCCAUUUGUCCAAAAACAGGUCUUAGAAAUGGGGGCACUCAAUAAGCUAAUGCAAAUGGUAAAAUCAAACUGUGCAGAAGAAGGCAUAAAAGCAUUGUAUGCUGUUUCAGCGUUGAUCAGAAAUAAUUUAGCUGGUCAAGAAUUAUUUUACGCAGAAGCUGGAGAUCAGAUGCUUCAGGAAAUACUUGGCGAUUCAAGCACUGAUAUCAGGCUGCGGAGGAAAGCUGUCUUUCUGGUUGCAGAUCUGGCUGAAUGUCAAUUAGAAAAUGUAGGAAGAGCCGAGCUGCCUUUCUUCAGUAAUCGCUUCUUUCUGAAGUCUGUAGUUGACCUAGUGUCAUCAACUGACCUUGAUCUCCAGGAGAAGGCCCUUGUUGCAGUUAAGAAUCUCUUGCAACUCAAAACAAUCGAAGCUUCAGUUAUUAAGGAUUUUUGUGGGUUGGAUGGUGCCUUGGAGAGGAUGAGGCAGCAGCUGCAUGUUUUAAUGACACAGGAAACUUAUAGAGAUUAUGCAACGGAUAUUGAGAGCCUCCGUAGGGAAGUGGAGCUGAUUUUUUAUAGUAAGCUUAGAAAGGUAAUGAGGGUUCCAACAUGAUGAGACGAGUCUGGCUCACACUUGUGAUCAUGCAAAUUUGUAAAUUCAAUCAAACUUAAUUUGGUUUAUCUAUAAAAGGAGCUAAUUUUAGUUCAGUCCUGGGUUUUAACUUGAAUUUGCUGCUGCGGAAGAAAUGGCUUGACCUUUUAAAAUCGGUUAGCGAGUGUCAAUAUUAGUAGAAAGAGGAGGAAGAAAGAAAAACUUAUGGAAGAAAGGGAAGUAUUGGAUGUUGCACUAAUGCUUUUGUCCUUUUGCACAUCAAUAGAAGUAGGUGUUACCGAAUAAUGCAGGAAUAGGAGAGUAGGAGAUCUGCUUGAUAUGCUUUCUUCUGCACUCUUAGUUUUUUCCUUUCUUUUGGAAUUAUAGCUUUCCCCUUUAUUUGUAAUAAAUAACCAAUUCUAUUAUGUGUUCCAUUAUCAUUUGUAGGGUUGUGAUCCAUCCGAGCUGAACUUUAGCGAGUGCGAGCUCGAUUUUCAUAUUAAAAUGAUCAAGUCUGUGUGUA